AGAGGCAGCAAGGCACAUAUAUACACACUCACACACAAAGGUUGCUCCUGCUUAGCUCCUGGCAAGGAUGUGGAGGGAACUGCUUUCAAUACCCUUCUACCGGGGUGUCUUCACAGAGCUUCUGGUCACCGCCAUCUACGUCUUCUUCGGUGUGGGCUCUGUGCUGAACUGGCCGGAGCCCCCGUCCAUCCUGCAGAGCGCCAUCACCUUCAACCUGGUUGCAGCCACCACCGUCCAGAUUGCCUGGCAUGCCAGUGGGGCCUACAUCAACCCAGCAGUGACAUUGGCCUUCCUCCUGGGCUCUCGCAUUUCCCUGGUGAAGGCCAUCUGCUACAUAGUUGCCCAGCUGGCUGGAGGGAUUCUUGGGGCAGCUAUCCUGUAUGCAGUCACUCCAGCUACCGUCCGGGGAAAUUUAGGCAUCAACAUGGUCAGCAGCAACAUCUCUGCUGGACAAGCUGUCGCCGUUGAGCUCAUUUUGACCCUGCAGUUGGUUCUCUGCUACUUUGCAUCCACUGAUAGUCAGCGAAGCACCGGCACUCCUGCUAUCAUCAUUGGCAUAUCUGUUGCUCUGGGGCAAGUAAUUGGGCGCUAUUUCACCAGCUGCUCCAUGAAUCCAGCUAGAUCCUUUGGCCCUGCAGUAAUUGUUGGGAAGUUUCCUCAGCACUGGAUAUUCUGGGUGGGUCCCUUGGCUGGGGCUGUCCUGGCAUCACUGCUUUACAACUUUGUUCUUUACCAUGACCCAAAGACUUUGUCCCAACGACUGGCUAUUCUCAAGGGCAGCUAUGAUGGAGAAGAGCUAGAGAACAAGACCGAGCGGCCGAAAGAAUCCAUAUCUUUACCCAGCCUCAGCCUUGUACAUAGACUAUAGUCUGCUAGUGUCUUGAGAAGAGAGCAGACACAUAGAUACAGAAAUAUCUUCUUCCAUUUUGAAGGAAGAGCUCAGCCACACUAAACCAGGUUAUUCUGCAACUGGCCACUGGAGGGCCCCAGGUGCCUUUUUUUCUGAAGUCUACAGCCUGGAGUGGCGCAUCUGCAUCUUAGAUGCAUUUCUAUUACCUAGUUCCAAUUUUGCUAAAAAAGAGGAUCUUUUCGCACUAAGAAUGCCAGAUAGUGGGGAGAUGAUACAUGGGCACCAUAAGGUCAAGGGAGCUCAGAGACACUGUACAGAUCUGUGGUAUCUUAUGCACUUUUCGGAGGAGACGUAACUGAGCCAAGGUUAAAUGUAAAUAUUUAAAGCCGUGAGUAUCUGUUGAUUCUCUUAAAGAUUAAAGCUGUCUUUUGAUUUACCACUGCAACCUCACACCCAAUAUAUCA